AUGUCGGCACCAACAUCCAUUCCCCGUGGUUCCAAGAGUGAGCGAGGCAGCAGGAAUGGUGUCGACAGGCUCAGCAGCCUGUCCGAUGAUCUGCUCCACCUUGUGAUGUCCUUCCUGCCGAUGCCGGAGGUCGUGCGCACAAGUCUUCUCUCACCAAGAUGGUGCAAUCUUUGGUGCUCUACACCAUUCAUCCGCAUCGACAGCCAAGAUUUCGUGGAUAAACGGAAGCUGGAGAAUUUCGGGGACUGCUUGCUGCUCUUGCGUGACUGUACCACUUCCUUGGAUGAAGCCCGAAUCUCUGCCCAAUGGGUUAAUGAUACCAAAUGUUCCGUGUGGAUUCGUCAUGCCAUCAUGCACAAAGUUCGUCUCCUUCAUAUUUCUGGAUCUCUCAGUUUGGAUAGGACAGUAAUCUUUCCUUCUCCGCACCUCAAAACAAUCAGGCUCCAUUCUGUCAUGUUCAAACAUGGGUUAUUUAGGCCGCUGAACUACGACUGCCCUGUGCUUGAACAUCUAGAGCUGGAGUGGUGUGGUUUCUGUGACCGUGAGGAGAUCUCAUCGAGGUCACUCAAGGUUCUGCAUAUCAGUGACUGCCAGCCUACCUCCGGUCUCCUGAUUUGUGCUAGGAACCUUACCCAUCUCUCUAUCCUUGACACAGAAAUUGGUGGUAUAGUAACCAGGGAUCUGUCUUGUCUGGUAACAGCUUUGAUUAGUCUAAUACCCAAAUAUUUUCAUCAUAAGUACGCAGUAUUGGAUCAUCAUGUACAUCUACUUGAUGGCCUUUCACAUGCCACGACGUUGGAGCUGCAUGCGCCAUUACAUGAGCGCACAUUUGAGGGAGCUAUGCAAACAUGCCCAAUGUUCAGCAACCUGACAAGCUUGGUGCUGGGCGAUUGGUGCAUGACCGCUGACUUGUACCCACUGCACCGGAUUCUCCGGUGCUCGGACAAGCUGAAGGAGCUCACUUUGAAGCUUGGUACUUACUCAGAAGCAUGUAUGUCCAAGUACCAAUUGGUCUGCUACAACUCUUACUGA